GGGUGUGUCUGACCAAAUGGGAGUCGGGGUGGAACACCCGGGCCGUGAACCACAACGGGGACAAGUCCACGGACUACGGAAUCUUCCAGAUCAACAGCCGCUAUUGGUGCACAGACGGGCACACUCAUUCAUCCAACGCCUGUCACAUCAAAUGCAGCAAACUUCUGACUAAGAAUGUGGGCGUGGCCAUCAAAUGUGCCAAGCGCGUGGCCAGGAGUCAGGGCGUCGGGGCCUGGGUGGCCUGGCGUGCUCACUGUCGGAACCACGAUGUGAGCUCCUACGUGAAGGGGUGUGGUCUGUAAACCCGCUGAACCAAUCAGGAGACAUCUUGUAGUAACACCUGAGUCACCUGGUCCACCAUCAGCUGAUCGGGUUCUGGUUCUUACUUUUAGUUUGUUUCAUUCUGCCUGACUUCACAUCCUCCAACGUUUCAAUGAUCCACAAAUGAUUUUUGUUCAGUUUCUUCAAAUAAAAAGAAUCAACCUGA